GAACGUGUUUGGCGCUUUCUACGCCCAAAGCAAUGCCACUCUUCAUCUUUGAAUCAUUCUCCACUCUCUCUCUCUUUCUCUCUCUAAAACCUAACUCUCAUUCAUUCCAACAAUGAAUUCUGAAUGUGUGUAAACGCGGUUUCUGUUCAGAUCGAUAUUCAUGGGGAUUUGCUUCAGCAUUGAAGAAAAACACGUUUCCCUCUCCGAUUCAAAACCAAAACCUAAUUCCACAGGUUCGGUUGGAAAUGAAUCCACUGCACCAACAACUCUAUUAGGUGGUGGUACUGGUUCCAUGAAUAUCAAAGAACUUCGUGAAGGUGCUGGAUACAGCAACGUCCAUAUUUUUACCUACAACGAAUUGAGGCUUUCCACCAAGCAGUUUCGUCCCAAUUUCAUUCUUGGAGAAGGUGGAUUUGGUGUUGUGUAUAAAGGUGUCAUUGAUGAUAGUGUUAGAGCCGGUUAUAAAUCCACUGAAGUCGCUAUUAAGGAACUCAAUCGCGAAGGGUUUCAAGGCGAUAGGGAAUGGCUUGCUGAAGUUAACUAUUUGGGUCAAUUCAGUCACCCGAAUCUUGUGAAGCUCUUUGGGUACUGCUGUGAGGAUGAACACCGCUUGUUGGUCUAUGAGUACAUGGCUAGUGGGAGCUUGGAGAAACAUCUUUUCCGCAGAGCUGGCUCAACAUUGACUUGGUCAAAAAGAAUGAAGAUUGCUUUGCAUGCUGCAAGAGGGCUUGCUUUUCUUCAUGGUGCAGAAAGGCCCAUCAUAUAUCGUGACUUUAAGACUUCAAAUAUCUUGCUAGAUGCGGAUUUCAAUGCAAAGCUUUCAGACUUUGGCCUUGCGAAGGAUGGGCCGAUGGGGGACCAAACACACGUUUCAACACGAGUGAUGGGCACAUAUGGAUAUGCUGCUCCGGAGUAUGUCAUGACUGGUAAGUUAUUAGAAUCUAUUUUUGCUGAAGUAUUGUCAUUUAUCUAAACUUUUUGCCUCUUUAAAAACUCUUCAUCGACAAUAAAAGUGCAUUUGCUGUA